AUGGCGCUGCCGCCAGGCGCACAUGUCGUGAAGAGCCCUUACCCGUUCGGUGGGGGUCUCGGGGCCGCCGGGUUGAUGGGACCGCCGGCAGUCGCAGUACCUCCCGGCUUUCGAGGGAAGGGGCCGCCUGCGCAGAUGCUCAUGAUGGCCGGCAACCAGCAAACGCUGAUGCCGCCACCGUCGUUGUUAGCCGCUGGGGGUGGCUACUCCCUCGCGACGAGCCCGCCACUAAGCCGCACCACCUCACCAGGGACGAUGACAGCGCAGCCUGGUCCGCCGGGACGCAGCCCCAUCGGCCCACCUCACUCCUUCCCGCAGUUCGCCUUUGUAAACGGGAAGCAGAUCAUGAUGCCGCCAGGCAUGAAGUCGCUGAUGGGAGGCCCCGGCCCCAGUCAAGCCCCCGGCGCUACCGCUGCCGCAGCGCCGCCACAGGCCGUGAUGCACAGCAAGAUGAUGAUGCCGCCAGGGCAGGGUUGGGAAACACGCCGGGGGCCGUCACCCACAACAUCACCGCCACUGGGGGCGAUGAGUCGCGGUGCUGCUGCUGCCUCCACUGGAGGUGGAGGCAGUCCUUCGCCGCUUCGCGUGAACCCCGGGCAAGGUACUGUGCGGCCACCGAUGCAGGCGACCGCCUUGCCGUCGCCGCCACCAUCACAGCCACAGCCAACAAGAGUGGCAACGACUGGUGCCGCGGGCAGCAAGAGCCGCCAGUUCAACCUUGUGCGGCGCCUCACCAACGCUCUCAGCUCCCUGAAGCCCGGCAGUGCCUCGGACAGGGAACGAGAGAACGAGCAACUGCGGCCCAAAGUUGCCGCGGUGCAGCAACGAGUGCAGACGCCGCCUGGGCUGGACGCUCGUGCGAAAGACGUCGGCGGCGGCCCUGCCGGUCCCCACAGCAGCAGCACCUGGAUGCCGCGUAAUCGCUCCCUGCCUCACCCUGCUGGUCAAUCACCACCCCGGACGCAGCAGCCGAUGCCCCCUCCGCAGUUGAUGAGCAACGCGAAGAUGAUGGUAGGACAGCCGCCAGCCUCGCCGCGUGGCAAGUCGCCGACACCCAUGAGCCCGGCAAAGUCCGGCAACGCGAGCGGUGGUGCUGGUGCUGCUGCUGCUGCGGCGGCGGCGGCACCAGCAAGCUCGCCGAUGAGGAUGCCACCUGGUCAGCUCAUGGCGAUAAAGGGCCGCCCCGGCCGCGGUGGUGUCGUGGGAGGGGCAACAAAUGCAAUCAUGGGUCCUCCGCCGCCUGGCGCGGGCCACAGCAUGGCGGCCACCCCUCCCCCAGCCGUGCGGUUGGUGUCAUCGCCCCAGCAGCAGCUGCAACACCCGUCUCCAGCGGGGUCGCGGCUGGUGAAGUGCAUCGUAGGGCCACCACCGCCGCACGAACGGCUCAUCCCGGCUCCCUUACCGAAGCAGCCACAGCAGCAGUCGCACUCCCGCUCGACGUCACCGCCGACUGCGUCGCUGCCCUCACCGCCUUUGCCCGCGACACCGCCACCAGCUGCUACUGCAGCUGCGAACGCGCUCCGUGUGCCGAGCUCGACCGUGCUCAAGGAAGAUCAGUUGCCCGAAGCCGGCGUACGGUCACCUGGGCACCGACUCCGGCGACUAGGAGAAAGCUCGGAGGACAGCGACAGCAACGGUGGAGAUGGUGGUGGUGGUGCGCACGCCGGCACGCAGGUAGCAGUAGCCUCGCACAGCCACGGGCCCGGUCACCUUCGCGACCCAUCCUUGGUCAAGGACACAGGCGGCGCGGUGGGAUCGGGCACCGCGCAGAAAAACGCUGCAGAAGAGGGAGAUGCGGCGCUGCACGAGGAAGACAAGACGCAGCCGCCAAGGCCGUCGUCCUCAUCGCCACCGCGCCACGCGGCAGCCCGUGAGACGAGGGACCACAGCCACCACCCCGGCGACGGCGACUGCAACGACGGUACGCACCACACCACCGGCGCCAUGACAUCCAAGUCAGCUUCUGCUGGUGCUGGUGCAGCCGCCAUGUCGCAAUCAUCAUCGUCUGCGCACCGUGACAGCAAUAACAAGACAUCUGCCUCCACGAUCCGCCGGCCGGUGCGGCAAACUUCGACAACAGCGGCACGCAGCGCUGCCGCAGCCGCCAAGCGACGACAAGAGGAGGAGGAGCGCCGGCGCCACGAGGCGGCUGGCAAGGACGUGUUGGCGUCUAAGAAGUUGCGGAGCUCGCGAUCGAAGUCGGCUCCGUGCGCCAAGCACUCGAGUCCACCGCAGCCCGCUGCGGCCGCCGGCGUGGCACGAGAACCGCCGUCGCCGCAGGAGGAGGACAACACGCAGAAGCCAUCUAGCGUGGAGCGCAGCAUCCACAGCAUCGCGUCCACUGCAUCAUGCCGAGCCCCGCUGUCCCCGUCUGGCUCUUCCACGUCCACGUUGAGCGACAAGAAGAGCCCCCGCACACCGACACGCGGCCGCGGCAGAGCUGUUGGUGGUGGCGGUGGUGGUGACGGCUUUGCUGCGCAGCCGGGGUCCGCCUCAACACGGUCGGGGAAGCGGCCCGGCAAGGCCGCUCACUUCGACCCCUCAGACACACAGAAGAACGGUCAGUGGCAGCGGCAGCCCCGCAGCAUACGGUCGAAGCCCCGCAGCCGUAGCCCGAACGCCCGACGCAGCACCAGCAGGGCGCGCAGCGGCAACGACGACGGCGACAGCAGCGAUGCCGAUGACGAGGAGGAUGCCGAGAGCGGCUCGGAGAAGCUGACGAGCCGCGACCUCUACCGCCUCGCCAAGUUGCUGCGUGACGGCAACGCGGACCUUGUGGAGGCAGACAUCGACGACCGGCAGCGCAGCGGCCGUCGCCGGCGGUCGCGCCAUCGUGGCGACAACCGCAGCGACAGGUUCUCUGACGCGGACAGCAGCGAUGCCGGUUCGUGGGGACGGCAGCGCCGUGGACGGCAGCGUCGGCAGCACACUACUGCGAAGCGUCGAAGCGCGCUUCCUCUCACCACAGUCGGCAUUCCAUGGCGCUAUGCUGGCACACGGCGCUCGCUGGAGCCAUUUGCAUCACCGCCACGGGUGCGGCGGCCGCUCGGGUAUAUCAACGUCGGCGGCGGUCGCUACGCACGUGUCGGCGGCAGUCCGUAUACCCGCUCCCAGAGUCAGCCUCGCGCCGCCUCGGUCGGGACCGUCCCGCUCGACACGACCAACACGCGAACAUUGGUCAGCGAUGCUGCGGCCUAUGGCAGUCACUCACCCCUCUCCGGCGAGCGGAACCGCUGGACGUCGGCGCUGCUGGAUGCUUUCCGCAACGCCGCCGUCGCAGAGGUGCAGAGGAGCGCUCUGCUGGACAGCCAGCCAGCGUCCAGCGCUCGCAGUGGUGGUGCGGAUGGUGGUGCGGCGGCGCUCUACUACAGUAGCCAGCAGCGACAGCGAUUCGGCACUCGCGGCUCCCCGCCCCAUCCCCACACCCGCGACGGCUGCAGUGCUCCCGGUGGCGGCUUGGAUGACACGAUGUCGUCAGCCGCUGAGUCGCAACACCCCUACUGCGUGUCCACUUCAGCCCUGCUGUCCGCCAUGUCGUCCACAGCCCCCCUGCGCCGCGGCACGGCGCCCGCGUAUGAGCCGAACGAGCAGGAGCGCGGGCGGUCCUCGCCCCCGUCAGGCCCCCUACGCUGGGCAGCUGUCCAACCCUACAGCCUCCCUUCACAGCCACAGCCACCAACAUCGGCAGCAGCGGUGACGGAGCCCGAUGGUCUUCUGCGCCUCGGCAAGGACAAGGUCGAUCCGGCGGUAGAGCCCAACACACACGGCACUGUAGCAGCGGCGGUCGACGGCGCGGCGGCGCCGGUGCGAGUUGCUUCAUGGCGCUGGAGCAGCUUCCCUGGUCAGCUGCAUAGCCUCCUGCCCACCACGUCGUCAUCCGUUGACGCAACGAGGGCCGCGGCGGCAGCAACGAGGUCUAGGAGCGUCACCAGCAACAGGAGGAGUAGCAUCAGCGGCGCUGACACGGCAAGCGUCAGCGCGGCUGCCCCGACGUCGUCGAGCUUGAUCCCCACGUUUACGUCACCUACGCUGUUGGCGCCGCCGUGCGAGCAGGCGUGGUCACGGGGCAUCGGCAACCACCUGCGCACCCCCUCACCGUCGACGCAGAAGCGAUGGCAGCAGGAGCAGAGGCAUGCGCAGCGCAGCGAGAGCUGCAACGCGGCGAACAACUCGAGAACAUGUAAUAACGCCGCCGCCGCUGCCGCGGCGCAUGCUGGCAGACAUACCUCGGACGCGAAUCUCGACGCCUGCGGCUCGCCCGCGCGCAAGGAGGAGCCGGUCUACCUAAGCAAGGCCACGGUCGCACGUCUGAGCGCCCCGCGACAGCGCCGAGGCUGCCUCGGCGCGAGUGCUGCCACAGCGAUAAGCCCCAUCUCUCGCCGCAGCCACGGUGGUGUUGACGGUAUCAGCAGCGUGACAGCGCAGACGUGCAGCAAGUGGCUUGACGAAAUCAUUGACUCCACGACGGUGACGGCCACUUGCGUACGCGCUGGCGGGGGAGCUAGCGGGGGAGGAGAGCACGCGGUGGCGGCGGCGAAUGCGAUUCCUGUGGUCGAUCUCCGGCGUGAGUUCAAGCCGCGCAUUGCGGACAGUGGCACGGACGGCCGCGGCGGUCCGAGCAGCGUCCGCGCCGCGUCCCCGUCCCUGCACAAUGGCGGGACAACGGACUACACGCAGGAGUUCACCGGGUCGCGCGCGCGCCCGCACGUUCCGGGAAUCUCCUUCAAAUACAUGAUUGGUGCGCGCUCAGCCACCGGCUCACCACCGCGCGGGGGCGGCAAGGCCUCCGCCACAGGCGGCGGCGCAGUCAACGUGAAGACGGUCAAGGGUAUUUCGGACGGACUGCCGUUUUCCGCCUACUCCUCCAUACGCAUUCACGACCCGGCACGCAAGUCGCCGUGGGCCCUGGCGCCGGAGCGCGAGGGGCUGAAGGUGCUGCCUGGACAGCCUGCUUUGUCGCGGCGUCGACGCAUCCCCGUGGAUGGCCAUGCAGCCGCGGAAAACGGCGCCGCCGAUUCUGAGCUUGGCGUUCAUGAAGCCAACGACGCGCGGCACCGCGCACGUGGCACCACCCGCACCGUUGUCGAGGAGGUGCACCUAGACGAACACCACCGCCCCUACUUGAUUGUGCGGCCGGUUCCAAGCAGCGAGGAGGGCGAGGCGCAGCGUGUGGCGGUGGAGCGGCUCUCACGCCCAAAGUCCAUCUACCGCCGCGCCAACGAUCAUGUUUGA